UUUUUGGCUUAGCAGGGCAGGAGAGGGUUAACGAAGUAACCACGUCUGCCGCACAGUAGGGGUGUGAACAUUUUCCCAGACACACACACACUCACAACACACAUGCGGACAGAAACAGACAUACACACGUCUUGUUUCUCACCAGAGACAGUUUAGUCACCCAGCGAGCAGGACAGAAGGCGGUCGACCUCUCAGCCAAGUUCCAACUGUUACCACCAUUGGAGGAGAACCCAAAAAGCACAGCCAUGGGGAAAGGAUGCAUCACAGUCACCAAGUAUUUUCUAUUCCUCUUCAACCUCCUCUUCUUUAUCUUCGGAGCAUUGAUCAUGGGCUUUGGCCUGUGGGUCCUCUUUGAUAACCAGAGUUUCAUUGCUGUCCUACAGGAAUCCUCAGACACGGUGAAAGUGGCCUCCUACAUCCUCAUUGGAGUGGGUUCCUUGUCAAUGGCCAUGGGCUUCUUCGGCUGCAUAGGAGCCAUCUACGAAAUCCGCUGCCUCUUGGGUCUGUACUUCACCUGCCUCCUGCUCAUCCUUAUCGCCCAGGUCACUGCUGGAGUUCUCAUCUACUUCCAAAGAGAUCGGUUGAAAUAUGAGAUGUCCAAUAUCAUAAAGGGCAUGAUCGUUAACUACACGGGCCAGAACAGGACCACAGAGCACACCUGGGACUACAUUCAGAGGACGAUGAAGUGCUGUGGAUGGACCGGUCCAGGCAACUGGUCUGAGAAUAUUUUGAUCAAGAACAGCUCCCAGAUCCUCUACUCAUGUUCCUGCCGCAACGGGUCCCUGCCUGGCACGGACAUCAAGGAAAUGGGCUUGUGCGAGCACCUGUCCACAGAACCACCCAUCUAUGAAACGGGCUGUAUAACCAGUGUGGAGAAAUGGCUCCUGGACAACUGUGGAGUUAUUCUGGGAAUCUGUGUUGGUGUGGCAGUCAUAGAGCUCCUCGGGAUGAUCCUCUCCAUGUGUCUGUGCAAGAGUGUCGUCCAGGAGGAUUAUACCAAAGUACCCAAGUACUGAGCUGCAGACAGUCAGCUUCACACCUCACACAGAUGGAUGGACUCUUUUCCCCCCUCUCUCUCUCUCUCUCUCUCUCUCUCUCUCUUCAUGUCUCACAUUCUUAUGAACACACAAAUUAAGACAGCUGUCUCCACCAUUUCAGCUUCAGCCUUGACAGCUGUGCACAUUUCUCACGCCCCAUAUGUCCCACACACCAACACACACACACACCUCUCAAUCAAGCUUUGACAUACUUUUUGGACAAAUGUCCAUAAGUUACCAUUGUUGUCUUAUCAUUUUGUGUUUUCUAUGAGACAUUUCUGAUGUUUUGGUAAUAUUGUUUGGUGGGAGGGGGUUAAAGCCUGGGAAUUUUUGCCUGUUAGAUACUAUGCAAAUGUUCACGUAUGUGUCGUUUUGUUUUCCGUGGCUGAGAGCACUUUAGUGAGCUGUGAGCCGGAGCAUCUUCUGACUAUGGGGCACGGAGAUGAGAGGGAGACCGGAGGGUGUGGGUGGGUGUGUGGUCGACGCUCUCAAGGAUUAAUGCCACUUUGUGAUCGUGCAGCUGGUAUUUUUGGUGCAGAGGGUGGAGGAGAGGCCCAGGGCAGGGCUGCUGUGGUGGAGGUUUUGGCUUCUGUCAUCAGCUCCUUGUACCCGGUAGCCCUGAUAUUAACCUCCGCUUACACCCACCGCCACCUCCUCCUCCCCCCUGCUGUCCAUCAUCUGUAAGCGUCUCUAAAUCAGGCUCUGUCCCUUUCUCGGGUGUGUCUGACUGGUAACCAGUAACUUUCCAAAAUGACUAGUUUUGCAUGAAGUAAGUGUGUGUAUGAUGUGUUGAGUGAGUAUUUUGUUUAUUAUUUUAUAUUCUCAUGUCAUCUCUGUUUUGUUUUUUUACAACUGUAUAUAUAUAUAUAUAUGACUGGUAAGGGAUUACAGCACUUCAGUGCUAGGUCAGCCUUUAUAUGGGAAAGCUCUCACCCACAUGCUCUUGUUUAAGAGUCCUAUUGUUCUUCAUUUCCUCUCUAUUGUUUAUGAUGUACAGAAUGUGGUUGCCACAGCAGCUCGUCAGCACUAUUUUGGUCUGUAUCAGAGAAAUUGGAACCCUUAGAGUGAAUCUGUCAUCACUCUUGAAGUUAUUUUUUUAUUGCUUUAGCAUAGCAUGAGUUUGUGAACUGACAACGUACCAUAGCUCCUGCCCCGAACAUCUUUAUGUAAGCUCCUCACACCUGCCUUCAUUUUUAAAAAAUCAUGUUUUUUACCACCAUUGCAGCAUGAAAACGGCAGCUGUGCGACCACAAUGUAUUUCCCCUUCUCUGCAUGAUUGUUUGCUUUCCCAGAAGACAUUUUGCCUGGUUUUUAUUAUCGGAAACGAGCAGAGAAAAAUGUUUGAGGCUCGCAGUGAUUGCAUAUUUCAGAGGCCGCUAUGACCAGAAAAUGCUCAUCAGCUCAUGCUGUCUUUGCUAAAAAAAAAAAAAAAAAAUCUCAUCCCAAUUCUGGUAAUCUCACUUAUUCUGCUUCAUUUCAAACACACUAUUAUUGCUGAAUUUGUGGUUAGUUUUGUGGAUAGAUUGCACUUUUAUGUGGUUUAUGUCUGACAUGAGUCAUUUCAAAUUUUAUUUAUCAUGCUGCAAUGACACAAGAGGACAGAGGGUCCAUUAAAAAAAAAGACGGUUGUGUCUGUCAAAAUUACAGUUGGCCUCUAUUUUAUUACCUGCUAAAUUGAAACAUUAAUUUAUCUUAAUAAGAAAUGAAGGUUUUUUUGUAUUCUGUGUUUAAGAUAUUUUUACACUUUUACACAAAAAGAUUUGUUUAGUAGAAGAAAUAUAGUAAGCCAUGUUAAAAAACAAAUGUUUCUUUUUUAUUAUUAUUAUUGAGAAUUAUUAAUAAACAUGAACCCACAAGAA